GUCAGUAUAGUGAAAGACGCCGCGCACACGCCGCCACUCGAAGCAUGUUCCAAGAAAUUACGCGGGAAAAUGUGACAUUUAUUUUCUUUAAUUCACCAAAGAGUAUAUAACAAAUGAGUUUUAAUAUACUUAGAAAAUUAAUUUUAGUGCCAAAGAAAUAUACCUUUAAUUCAAUUAUGAAUCGACAAAAAUGUAUACGAAAUUAUUUCGAUUAAAAUGUUCAGUGAUUUUGUUUGUGAUGUUAUUUUUAUGUUUUUGUGAUUGUGCCGCAAGUAAUGGUCGAACUAAAUUUAAGAGGAAAGUUGAUAAUUGGAGAGAUGCCCAUUCGAAUAAUUUGAAAAUAAAUGCUUCAGCGGUUGGGGAAAAGCGAGGAUUUUUUGGACACGGAGUGUUCACGCUCGGCAAGGUGCUGAACUUCUUCCCAGUGGGAGGAGAGCGCGAGUGUGCCAGUACUCAUCCAGUGGCGCGGUCUGGCAUCUGUUUGAAUCCUUACGACUGUCGCCAGCGGGACGGAGCCGCGGCCGGCGACUGCGCGCAUGGGUUGGGCGUGUGCUGUGUUUUUGAAGUGACCUGCGGGGGGACGAUCCAGAACAACCUCACUUACUUCAUGUCUCCAGGGUUCCCUGAGCUCUGGAUGGGAGACCAGGACUGCAGCAUUCAGAUCGAGAAGACGCACGCUGGCAUCAUGCAGUUGAAGAUUGACUUUUUGCACUUUUCUAUUGGUCAACCAAACAGAAGAACUGGUGCAUGUGAUGAAGACGCGAUGAUAGUUGGUGAAGGAGCAAAUAGUUUCACUGUUUGUGGACAGAAUCAUAAGCAGCAUGUAUACUACACACUGCCUAGUACACAAGAAACGAGAGAGGCUGGUGAGCUGCCAAGCUCCAAAACUACUCCCCUGGUGUUUAGGAUGCGAGGUAGUGAGGUGCCGCGGCUGUGGUUGCUCCGAGUGGCCCAGAUGCCGCUGGCACACUCUGCGCCGCACAAUUGCUUACAGUACUUUACCGAGACUAAUGGAACGAUACAGACAUUCAACUACGCAUCAAAUGGUCGACAUUUAGCCAGUCAAGAUUACAGAGCUUGUAUCAGAAGAAAUGUUGGAGCCUGUUCUAUCCGAUACUCGCCGUGCGACAGUCGAUCCUUUCGGAUAGGGCCUGGUGGAGUUGAUAAUGGACAACCAAGUGAUCCUGCUGUGAAUGAUGAAAUAAUACCAGUUAGCGACCCACUUCAAGAAGAAGAAGGAUCAGGAGAGCCUCAGAUUAUAAUGGAUUCACCUUCCACCCCUGCACCUAGUUUGAUGAAUAAGAUAUGGAGUCUGAUCUGGCCAUCUUGGAUGUGGGGGCAGAGUCGAACAUGGAGCUGGGGCCGCUGGUCGCCGUAUGCGCAGAACUACGGGGACGAUGUUUCCCCGUACUACGGGUAUGGCGACUAUGGCGCACGCUUGCGGGGAUACGGAAGACAGAAGUGCACGGAUAGAGUCACAAUAUCCUGUGAAAAUGAGUACUUUGUUGGGAGUUCAAUGUUCACUCCUGGAGUGUGCGACCCUCACCACUGCGGGAGUUCCUUUUGCCCUGGAGUUCGUUUUCAAGACUGCCACGUAGACUCUGGCAUCACUCCCUUCGCCGUAUCUGUACACUUCGGACCACCGACCGUCAAGGAGAACCCUGAGGACAAUAUUGGGAUGUGCUUACGAUAUACACAAGUAUCCUGUAAUUCAUAAAUAAGAGUAAUUUAAAGAAUUAAAUAAUCAGACAGAAUUCGACCUCGAUUAAUUAUUGGUAAAAUUGUUGUAUAAAAUGUUGUGCUUAAUCCUUAGCCUUACUAAUAUUGUAAAUGCGAGGGUGGUUUUGUUUGUUUGUCCGUCUUGCACGUUGUAAUGGAGCGGUUUUAUGAUAUGAUUUUAUGACUGGAAAUAAUUAUGAGACUAGAGAGUGACAUAGGCUAAUUUUGUUGCGGUGAAACAUCUCUUUCCAAUGGUUAAUUCGUUUGACAACGCGAGCGAACCUGCGGGUAACCACUAGUUUAUAUAAACUUGUAAUUCUGUACACGAGUGAAUAUAUC